GCGUCAUUUUACAGUGACACUUCACCGCUGUCCCAAAACGUCAUUCACCUCACUAUGAGGUCUUCUGAAUCCUACAAAAUUUCCUGAUUACAAACCUUACUUUGCAUGGAACCUGUCACGAUCGGCGUCACUAAGGAAUACCUCGAAGGUGCCUCCGUCAACGACUGCGAAGACUAUGGCGGCUUAGGGGCCCACUUCCUCGACACCCUCUACGAGCACAUCAACAAGAUCCACCAAAUAGAUACCGUCACGGGCGCCACCGAGACCAACGGCUCCGUCCGCACCAGGUCCAUCCAGAUCGCCCACGAGCUGCGCCACUUCGGCGUCGGCGAAAACGACAUCGUCAUUAUCUGCUGCCGCGGCCACGCCGACCAGACCGUCGUGGUCCUCGCUUGUCUGCUCAUCGGGUCCAUCGUGGCGCCCAUCGACCCCGAGCUCCAGCACAAGGAGUGCGUGGAGCUCAUCCGGCAGCUGCGACCCAAGAUCUUCUUCUGCGAUCUGCGCACGCUGAAGCAGAUGGAGAGGGUCUGCGCCGAGUCGGAGAUCACGGCCAUCAUGGUGCACUUCGGGGAGCAGCAGCAGUACGCCAUUCCGUUCCGGAAGCUGCUGAUGACCAGGCACUACCCCGAGCAGUUCAAGCCAGUGAGCGUUGACCAGCCGAGGAAGAAGGUGGCGUUUAUCAUGGCCACGCAGGGUACCAACGGUAGUCCUAAGCUGGUUUGUCUGUCGCACCACUUCAUCUUCUGCCAGGUCAAGGUGUUCCUGAACGUGAUGGAGUUGCCGGAAAAGAUCAUUUCUUAUUAUCCUUUAUCGUGGGUGAUGCAGGUCGUCUUGAUGUGUUUGUGUUUUAAGGCGCACGUGGUGAGGGUGCUGCCGGGGGCUUUCGUGGAGAGGACGGCGUGUAAGCUGAUUCACGACUUGAAGGUUGAUCAUGCGUUUCUUAAUACGGAUCUGGCGUUGCAGCUGGUUGAACAUGUGGCUGUCAGGGAUUUCAAUUUAUCGAGCCUCAGAUGUGUUUUCAUUGGUAGUUUAACAACUACCUCUCAUGAUAUCAAGCGUUUGAGCCAUCGUCUACCCAAAGUGAAAUUCACCCAAAUGUAUUGCACUACCGAAGUAGGAAUUGUGGUCGCUACCCCUCCGGAAGAUUACCCCGAAUCCUUAGAAAGAAUAGGGACCGUAGGCAAAGUGGUUCAAAACUGUAAAAUCAGAAUAGUUGAUAUCGAAAAGAGAAAAGAUCUAGACGUGGAGAGUUCUGGAGAGUUGCUUGUUGCUAGCGACUGCAUGAUGCUUGGUUACUUUAAAAACAUAGCUCUGACCAAAGCGUCUACUCAAGAGGGUUAUUUUAAAACCGGUGACAUAGCAAGGUACGACUCUGGUGGAUGGAUCUUCAUCGAAGGAACUAUAUCGGACCUGAUAAAUGUGGAAGGCACCAACGAAUCUCCGCGCGAAAUAGAAGAAAUUAUUUUGCAACAUCCCUACGUCAAAGAUACUGCGGUUAUUAGCGACGAGAAGGAGGUAGUGGCUUGUGUUAUUGUCAAAACAGAUGCGAAACUUGACGAAGAUAAGCUAACCAAGUUUAUGUCGGACCGAAAUCUUUUACGCAAACCGGCAAGGAUCCUUUUCAUGUCCGAUUUUCCUACAACUCCGCUUGGAAAAAUUCGACGAGAUUUAUUAAAACAGGAUGUUCUGACCAUCAAAAUUGAGCGCAGCACUGAUCAUUUAAGCACCACAAGCUGCUAGAAAUACU